AUGCCGCACAUAUCGUUCCGCCGACAGGAGCAAAAGAACAAGAUGAACUUGUUAGCAUCAAAGGAGGGCGGUGCCAGAGUGGCAGAGAUCCCAACGGCUGAGUUGCUUGGGGUGUCCAGACAGCCUGUGCGUAUGGCAUUUCGUUUGCUUGAGCAAGAAGGCUUGCUGAUUAAAAAUCCGACUCGAGGUUAUACGGUUCGAGAAAUUUCAGAAAAACUGAUCAAUGACGCACUUGAAGUACGUGGCAUCCUUGAAGGACUGGCAGCUAAAACCAUUGCAGAACAAGACAAGCUGGACGUGCUGAAACAUUGA